AUGCAGGAUCCAGCGCGCGAGGUCAAGAACGUGGUCAAGGGCCUCAUCGAGGCACCUACGGCUGCUGCUCAGUCCAAGGUUCUCAAGACCUACUUUGCCCCAGACGCUUCUUUCGACCACCCACUUUGCGCUGUUGCAUCCAGCCCCAACGUGAGUGAAAUGGCUGUGCUGAGGGAGGGUGCGGCUGCAGGGGAGACUAAAUGUGGCGGGUUAGCAUGAUGAAUGGGCGGCCGGUCUAUCAUCGCGAGCUCGAGAAGCGCCCUCAGUUGAUGCGUUGCUGAAUAGCAUCACGCCGCAUGUACCAUCCUUUUCGCAGUCUCGAGAUGGAGGAGUACUGCCAAUCUACCAGUGGCUGCGAUGCAUGUUCACUCCUCACAUCGAUGUGCACAGCGUGGGUGAGUUCUCCGGCGCUCCACAUCCUUGAGUUCUGGUACCAUUGCGCGCUGCGGAUUCGCUCAUAUGUGGCUUUUAUUCACAGCUCUUGACAAGGACAACAACAAACUGUGAGCACGGCCUGUCAGGCAAGAGCUGCAGUGCUACGUGGGGCUGACAUUUUCCUAUGCGCAACGCAGCUACAUCGACGCGACGCAGACUCUUGUGCCUUCAAUCAGCUUGCUCGCAGCCAUUCGCGCUCCCGCGUGCCGGUAAGUUGCAAGCUAGCUUUGGCGCACUCGCAUGUGCCCCAAGGUUUCUUGACGCAUACACCCCAAUCGUUCUCGCUACAGCCUCAUUGUCGUUCUGUUCUUGCAGCGCGGAGCUGAUGGUCGCUUCUACAUCAAGAGGCAGGAAGACUACUACGAGCCUCAAGUCUUGCCAGGACUCAUCUUCCCAGGUCUGUCCCCUCUCAUUCAAAUUGUCAAGCUGAUCAUUGGAUUCAAUUGCUGGGUCCUGACCUUCAUCAUCGGCUACACUUUGGGAUGGGUAAGUGGUCAUGAGGCAAUAAGAGUUCGACUGUCCCGCACACACACUGAUCAUUCCGUGAUCACGCGCAGUGGAACCCUAACGGAUCUUCUCGCGCCACUUCAAACGGUCGCAAGGCGGUCAGGGCCUGA